AUGUCCACACCGUCGAAAUUGGAUACAUCUUACCCACCAUUUUCAACGUUAAAGUUGCCUAGGUUACUGGCAUCGGUUCCACCAACCUCGAAACAUCCCGAGAUUUCAACGCCAACUACUUUGUCACAUAAAACAUCAGCGUUUUCCACUAUGAAUGACGUUAAUAAUUCUUAUCAACAAGCUAUGCCCAAUACAGAAACAACAGUGAAACCCUUACCAAAUAAACGUGGGCGGAAACCCUUGACCACAAUGCCGUCAGCUAAAAAACAUUAUCAGAACUUAAAAAAUCAACGAGCAUUUCGCCAGCGUCGAGCAACUUAUGUUCAAGAGCUUGAAAGCAAGGCCGCAACAUUUGAAAAGUUAUAUAACGAAGUUCUAAAGGAGAAUAAAAUUUUAAAAGAAAGAUUGACGUUGUUGGAACGACGAUGUUCAACUGGUUGUGAAGAAAAUAACGGAUGCACCAACGAACAAAAGUGCAAAAAGACAUCAACUAAUAAAAAAAGCAUAAAUUCAUGUUGCAAUGUGGCCAAACGCAUGGAUGAUGAUCAAGUAGUUGAAGACGUCGCGUCAUGUGACGAAAAAUCGACAAUACAAUCACCCCGAGAGUAUGUAAAAACGUCAUACCAUAACCAAAAUUUACCUUCAUUAACGUCAGACACUUCACCGUCUAUUGAAUUUAAUGAUCAACCACAACAUCAGAAAGUUGAAAGUCACUCAUCUUUAUCAAUCGAAGAUGUAGUAAUGAAAGAACCUCUUUUUUGUACCACAAAGGAAGGUGACCUUUGUUUUUGUGAUCCUUCUGAUGAAUCAUUAAACAACGAUGGCAGAAAAUUGAUUGUUCCUAAACAAUUUGUAACACAUUAUGCAAAUUCAAUUUGCUCAACACUUCCUAUCAGUGCGAGUCCAUUCAACCAAUCUAAUGAAUGGCAGCAGGAAAAUAACUAUUAUGCACAAUCGCCAUCAUCUACUUCUACCACAUCAGCAGCUGAUGAGAGUACUUCUCCUCGAAACCAUCCGUUGGCUUUAAAUUGGAUAUUACAAACACCGAGGGAGGAACCAAGUUGA